CACCGAUGUAUAUAGAUAGAAUGCAGAAAGGAUAGAGAAUAUUUGGAACUGUCGGGGUAGCUGGAGAAAACUGGAAUAUUUUGAAAAGAUAAUUAUACCAGAGUACUACGCGUAUACCAGUUUGGUAGAUUCGUCGAAGCGAUCAAGUUCGGAGAAGGAAAAGCAGAAUCGAUAUAGUAUCCAUCGAAUAAUAAUAAUAGCGAAUAAUUCGGUAGCCUAAGUAGAGAAAAUGUUAGGUAGGGCAAUAUUCUAGGCGUUAAUCUAAAAUCAUUCAUAGAUUAUACAGAAGAUUUAUACAGAAGCAAAACAACGAACAAAGAUGCGAAUCGAAGGAAUGGAAAAAUUGUGCAAUUCUUUCACGUCCAGUUUCAGAUAAUACAAAUAGUAAUACGAUAAUGUGAAUAAGAAUAGUCGAGACGAUAACAUUCGGGUCAGACUUUAAAGCGAGCUCUUCUAGUUGUGUGCCUGGUCGUUGCGCAAUAUUUGUUUUUAAAGCAGGCGCCGUUAAUCUGUUGUAGCCAGAAACUAAUCGUCGUAGCCAUUCGAGAAGGAGAAUGAUCGUGAUUCGCGAAUGUGUUGGGAUAUCUCCUAAUAUCACUUUCACCACGGUGAUAACCCAGAGUAUCGUGAAGCCCGUUGACCUUAUAUAACAGCGGUUGGACGUAUUCGGUUUUAGUAGUUGGUUUAGUUCGAUCAGCGAGCCGGCACGCGAAACGGCAGAAGAACGAAGAACGAGGAUACGCAUAUCGUUGCUGCGAAAAUGAGUUUGAAAAGCCCGUCGUCGUUCGAUUCCGAUUGCAUGACAUUGACGAGGUUCGUGCUCGCCGAACAACGAAAAAUACCGGCCGCCACCGGUGACCUGAGCCAGCUUUUGAACAGCAUACAGACCGCGGUGAAAGCCGUCAGUUCGGCGGUCAGAAAAGCCGGCAUCGCGAACAUGUACGGAAUAGCCGGCGCACAAAACAUUCAGGGAGAAGAGGUGAAGAAAUUGGACGUGCUGAGCAACGAGUUGUUCGUGAACAUGCUGACGUCCUCGUUCACCAGCUACAUGCUCGUCAGCGAAGAGAACGCGAACGCGAUCGAAGUGGAGCUCGAGAAACGUGGGAAAUACAUAAUAUGCUUCGAUCCGUUGGACGGUUCGUCCAACAUUGACUGUUUGGUGUCGGUCGGCUCGAUUUUCGGGAUUUACAAGAAACCGGAGCCACCGAUCGAGCCCAUGCUGGCGAACGCUCUGCAACCUGGCAAGAACAUGGUCGCCGCUGGAUACGCGCUGUACGGUUCCGCGACCAUGAUCGUACUCUCGAUCGGUCACGGGGUGAACGGGUUCACUUACGAUCCAGCGAUCGGCGAAUUUAUCCUAACCGAGAGAAACAUACGGGUUCCCCCUAGAGGAGAAAUAUACAGCAUCAACGAAGGCCACGAAGGCGCUUGGGACACGGCUAUCAAAGACUACGUUCGUUCGAAAAAGUAUCCCACUAAUGGGAAACCGUAUAGCGCGAGGUAUGUGGGUUCCAUGGUCGCCGAUGUGCAUAGGACGAUAAAAUACGGAGGAAUAUUUCUUUAUCCGGCAACGAAAAGUCAUCCGAGUGGGAAGCUCCGACUUUUAUACGAAUGUAUUCCAAUGGCUUAUAUACUGAAAGAAGCCGGAGGCAUGGCGUCCAACGGGGAAAUCGACAUUUUGGAAGUUGUACCAGAGAAUAUUCACCAAAGAUCCCCGAUAUUCUUGGGCUCGCGCCAAGACGUGCAGGAAGUUUUGCGAUACAUUAGGGAAAGCAAAACCACAUGAAAGAUUACGUUCGAACUCGGGAAAGCAAAGUUUUUCUGUUCGUUGGAAAUAUAUCACUUUGUAAAUAUUUACUGCCGAUUAUCACUGUAAAAGCAACUGGAGACUUUACAAGUUGAUCUUUACAAAUUUUUUAUUCGAUUCUAAAGGGAUUAGUAUCGGUAUCCUUCGUUGUUGCUCGAUCCUCCCGGUGAAGAUCCCGGUGAAGAUCCCGGUGAAGAUCCCGGUGAAGAUCCCGGCGCAGAUCCCGGCGCAGGGUACGUUGCCGUUCCUUCGUACCGUACCACUGGCCGGUAGCCUGUUUCAUCGGCAACGUAGUCGACGAUUUGCGUUCUGCCGUCUGGUAGUAACACGUGAUAAGUUCCGGUCGCCUCGUUGUCUUUUCGCGAUUCGUGGUGACCAAAGUCUAGUCCGGCGACCCCAUCUUGGACUUCGUAGGAAAAUUCGUAGUUUGCCGGAUCCUAUUGUACAGUAUAGUAUUUCUAGUAGCGCGUGUAAGGACAUGAGUAAAUACUAAAUAGAAGAAGAAAAUUCACUUACACCGGCCCAUUCGUCCGGAUGAGCAGCUCCUCCUCCUCCUCCGCCGGAAGCUGGACGCGUUCCUGAAGGCGGAAGAUAGGCAGGUCCUUGAGGUUCGCCCAAAAUUCCUACCAUCAUCGUCGUUAAAACGAGUGCCUGUGCGAGUAAAGAUGCCAAGUGAGUGGAUUUACGCGAAUAAUGGUACACAGCGUGUACACGCUUGUACGAUCGCGCGAUGCCGCGCGAUGCCGCGCGAUGCCGCGACACAACUAUAGAACUAAUCUACAGGACUAAUCUAUAGAAACGAGAAGGAUUUUUAAUAAACUAUCGUCAUCUCUUUAACGAAACUCGCAUCGAAUCACGGAAUAAAAGAUAACACCGAGAUAAACGACUGACAAACCUUUCGAAUCAUUAGCAAGUUGGCGCGAUUCGAUGAUACUCGACUGAACGAAAAUAGCGAAAAUGUUGCGAAGACGGUGGAUUUUAUACCGGGUUGCUGGCCGCGGGCGCGACGAAACGAACACGGAAUCACAGUUAUUCGGGGGAACUUUAAUACGGAUCCAUACCUAUAAUUAUAGUUAAUAAUAAAACCGCACUGUCUGUCUAGCUAUAAAGCAGUAAUCACUUAUUCGGUACGCUCGCAACGGUUCCUUAAUCGCUUUGAAGCGCUUGUCAUUUUUUCCACGGAAUUAUUAAAAUCCCGAUUUACC